GGCGCCGCGGGGGCCGCUGGGAUCGCGGCGGACCCGGCGCUGAGGGAGCCGGAGGAGCGGCCGCGAUGGACGUGUUCCUGAUGAUCCGGCGCCACAAGACGACGAUUUUCACCGAGGCCAAGGAAUCCUCCACCGUCCUGGAGCUCAAACGCAUCGUGCAGGGCAUCCUGCACCGGCCACCGGAGCAUCAGAGACUUUAUAAGGACGAUCAGCUCCUCGAGGACUCGAAGACUUUGGGCGAUUGUGGCUUCACGAGUCAAACAGCGCGGCCCCAGGCCCCGGCCACCGUGGGGCUGGCCCUCAGGAGGGGGGAGGCGCUCGAGGGGCUCAGGAUCGAGCCCUUCUCCAGCCCCCCGGAGCUGCCGGACGUGAUGAAGCCCCAGGACUCGACCGGGCCGCCACCGACCCCCUGCCCUGAUACCUCGGGGGAUUGGGUCACAAACCACGCCCCCAGAUAA